AUGUCCCUGAACCGCAUAUCCUCACUCGAGUCCUUCUCCCAUUUAUCAGUCGAGGGGCACCGGAGAUCUCCAUCACCCAGCAGCCGCGACAGACGCCUCAGUUUCAAUCCCCUACCGGAAUCUUGGGACCCUCCCACGAGCCAACCUGGGUACCUUGAGUCCGUGGGUGCAUUCGAAGUCCCAAAGUGGAAGAGAGUUUUACAGGUGUUUGCGACAGUCAUCUACUGCCUCUUCGCAGCAGGCACAGUCUUUGGAUAUGCAGCACUCAAGCCCGUUCUGAAGAAGGAGGGCGCUUAUCAGGAUGUCUGCGGCGCCGGUGGCUCUGAUGCAAGCCCCGAUGACGUUGAUACGUGUGUUGAGAUUCGCCUAAACCUCAUGUUCACUGUGGCCGCCGUGUCGACGAAUGUUGCUGCUCUUCCGAUCGGGACCAUUCUAGACCACUUUGGCCCUCGUGUGUGUGGCCUGUCCGGCGCCCUGUUCUUGACCGCCGGGUCCCUAUUCAUGGCAUUCGAGGAGAGCCUGCCAUUUGAUGGCCUGCUUGUCGGUUAUCUGUUUCUGGCCCUCGGUGGGCCCUUCACAUAUAUCUCAUCCUUCCAGCUCUCAAAUGCUUUCCCGAAGCAUUCAGGGCUCAUACUUGCCCUCCUGACUGGUGCCUUUGAUGCUUCCAGCGCACUGUUCCUGGUGUACCGCGUGAUCUUUGAGAAAACAGGUGGAUCUUUCGGCCACGACAAGUUCUUCCUGGCGUAUCUUGUUGUCCCACUCAUAAUUGCUCUGUUACAGUUUAUAUUGCUACCAAAGCAUUCAUAUAAAACAAUUGGAGAGAUGAUCGAGCAGGUCGAUCAGCCUCUGCCUCGGCAUGCUGAUCAGAUGGACGAGAACACGGCGCUUCUGGAGCAGGAAAGAAUAGAGCACAGAGAUGCUAUCGCGGCGGAUCUUGAGGACCUGCUCGGUUCCGUGAGGGCGGACAAACAGCAGCAAAAGGAAGAGAAGAAGAACGACAUCUCCGGCGUGUGGGGCGUUAUGCACCCUUAUACCGCAUGGCAGCAGAUCAGAUCUCCUUGGUUCAUUUUAAUAUGUGCCUUUACAGUAAUCCAAAUGACAAGAAUCAACUACUUCGUGGCCACCAUCCGGCCACAGUAUGAAGCCCUUCUGCACUCCCACGACCGGGCUGUUCAGGUCAACGAAUUUUUUGACCUGGCCCUACCAAUUGGUGGCAUCCUUUCCAUCCCAUUCAUCGGCCUGCUCCUCGACCACUUCUCCACCGUCACAGUCCUCUUCUGGCUGGUCACCGUAACAACUGCUAUAGGCGUCUUCGGAGUAAUCCCAGAAUUGUGGGCUGCGUACGCCAACGUGGUCCUCUUCGUCCUUUACAGGCCAUUCUACUACACAGCGGUCUCAGAUUAUAGCGCAAAGGUCUUUGGGUUCAAGACAUUUGGUACCGUAUACGGGACUAUCAUCUGCUUGUCGGGUCUGUUCAACUUCUCGCAGUCUGGCUUGGACUAUCUGCUCCAUUCGACAUUUGGAGGAGACCCGAUACCCGUCAAUCUCAUACUGUUGUCAUUAGGGCUUGUUGUGGGAACCAAGAGGACGACCAGAGUAGCCUUCAAGGGUGUGGUAGGAUGGGGGGAAUAG